AUGUACAUAUUAACAGGUGAUGAAAUUGGUUUGGUUAAGCUUCUAGAUAUUGAUCAAAUAAAAGAUAGCAAACUAAGUAGUAACCCAGCUUAUAAGCAGCCUAUUUCAGCAAGUGUUUCUAAUCGAUUGAAAACAGAAAGUUAUGUUGAGUCUUCCACUAUCAAUCACCCUCCAGUGCUUUUAAACGAUCAAAUCACAUCUCAUACAAGAGAAUCUCAAGUAUCAUGUAUAUCAUGGAAUCCUACUGUGUCAACAAAAAAUUUACAAUCGCCUUCUCAAAGUGUAGAAUUUGAUAGAAGCGAAACGGAGUCUUCUUUAUUUAUUGGAAGAAGCAACGGUUUAGUAGAGUUUUAUAAUUUUCCAGAUUGCUUUCAAUCAACUCUUGGUUGUCGAAAACGUUUUCGUUUAAAUGACGGAGUGAUUUCAUGUUCUCCGUGUUUUUGGAGUCCCUCGACAACAAUGGAAAAUACCUCGUCAAACUUUUGUGUUUGUGUGACAAAAAAUGGACAUUGUCUACUUGUCGAUUGGAAUGAAAUGGAACCGUGUAAGGAAAUAGUUCAUUUAAUUUUUGACGCUAAUCAUGUACGCACGAUACCUUUCCAUCAAAAAAAAAUUGGUAGAACUCCAAGAUCCGAUAAUGCUCGCUCCCGCAAUUUACAACACGAAGAUUCCUUACCCUCAGAAAUCAAUAUUUGUGUAUGGGAAGCGGAACAUUUGCUUUGGGUCAAGUCAUUUUUUAAUCUACCGGGCCCUAUAACAUGUUCUUCUAUGAGUGAAGCAGUGCCUUCUUACAUGGCCUUUGGAGGAAGCAACAACAUUGUUAAAGUGAUUGAUCUGAAGACCCAAAAACCACACUUUACAGGAAAAAAUUGCCAAACCAACUCGCUUGGUAUUGAGGAAUGUAUUGACGUAACAAGUGUGACAUUUUUGGAUCAAUUAAAUAACACAGCAUCAUCAUUAGCUGUAGGAAACGGUAAUGGGAGAUUGUAUCUUUAUGAUACGCGUUUAUGUGGAAAACCUGUUGUGGACGUUCAAAUUUGUGAUAAAACGUCUUCAAUUGUGUGCAUACAAGCACAAUCCAGUCUUCAGUAUACUAAAAAAGCUUAUUCUUGUGAGAUUCAUUCCAAAAAAGAAAACUGCUUUUGCUUUCAAGAUUGUCAAUCGUUAUGUUUUGAAAGAAAGGUGGUAGAGGAUCCUUUAAGCAGUGACACAAAGCUGUCACAACAAUCUCUAGCUAUAAGUGACAAUCAUGGCACGGUUUACCUUUAUGAUAUUCGAGCCAUGAGUAAAAAAUUGAAUCAAAAAGAUGAAAUUCCAAAUUUUAGCUUUACUAAAAAAAGAAAAACGCAACCUUUGCCGUUUCAAUAUAAACCUAAUACGAUAGUUUAUUGUGAAAGUGAAAAAUAUCCAAUCCACUAUGAAACAUUUCUUCGUCAUCAUCUUAUCAACACUAAAGGAGCUAUUACGAGUUUAUGUUGGGCAAGGCUAGCUAAUUCUCCUUACCUUGUGGGAGCAUCUCUUGGUCGUUUUGUUAACGUUUGGAAUACAAAUAAAAAAAAUGCAGGACUUCCAGCAAUUUAUUUAAAAAAUAAGCUAACGGCAUGUUGUUUUAUUGAUUCCUCCAUACCCUUUACGAAAAAUCUACAAACCAACAAGGACACGGUAUCCGAUGUAGAAUUGUGUCAAGCUGCUUCCAGAGCAAGUUUAUCGGAGGACGCUUUUAACGAAACUUCCAAUGAUUAUGAUUCUUCUCAUGAUUCUGUAGAUGACUCAACAGAAGAGGAUGAAUAAUGUCAAGUUGAAUGGAAAGAGAUGGUAUUUUUUUUCAUUCAUGCGUCAAUACAAAAAUUUCUUUUUUGAAUGAAUGCGCUUAAUAAAGAAUUUUCAUAGGAUUGGAUUGUUUGAAAAAAAGCAAUCUUUCGUGAAAAUUUUUUUUUUAUACGUUCAUCAUGCUGUGGAUGGUAUUAUUCUUCACCUAUCAUUUUGUAAAAACUUAUAUAUAAAGAAGGCAAAUUGAACAAAUAUGUUUUUGCCUAUAAAUCCAUUUCAACUCACGA